AUGGCUAGCGACGCGCCUGGUAGCUCGCUGCACGGGGUGACGGCGCGCGAGCCGGUGUUCGCCUUCGCCAUCUCCACGGAGGAGGUGCCGGCGGAGGAGGACGCCGCGGCGGCGGCGGCGGGCAAGUCGUUCGACCUGCCGGUGGACUCGGAGCACAAGGCCAAGUCCAUCCGACUGCUCUCCUUCGCCAACCCGCACAUGCGCACCUUCCACCUCUCCUGGAUGUCCUUCUUCACCUGCGUCGUCUCCACCUUCGCCGCGGCGCCGCUGAUCCCGAUCAUCCGGGAGAACCUGGGCCUGACCAAGGCGGACAUCGGCAACGCCGGGGUGGCCUCCGUGUCGGGCGCCAUCUUCUCGCGCCUCGCCAUGGGCGCCGUCUGCGACCUGCUGGGCCCGCGGUACGGCUGCGCCUUCGUCGUCAUGCUGGCGGCGCCCGCGGUGUUCUGCAUGGCCAUCAUCGACAGCGCCGCGGGCUACGUCGUGUGCCGGUUCCUCAUCGGCUUCUCCCUCGCCACCUUCGUCUCGUGCCAGUACUGGACCAGCACCAUGUUCAACAUCAAGAUCAUCGGCACCGUCAACGCGCUGGCGUCCGGGUGGGGCGACAUGGGCGGCGGCGCCACGCAGCUCAUCAUGCCUUUCGUCUACGAGGGCAUCCUCCGGUGCGGCGCCACGCCGUUCGCGGCGUGGAGGAUCGCCUACUUCGUGCCGGGGCUCAUGCACGUCGCCGUGGGUAUCCUCGUGCUCACCACGGGCCAGGACCUCCCCGACGGCAACCUCCGCAGCCUCCGGAAGCAGCAGGGCGAGGGCGGCGGCGACGCCAGCUGCUGCCGCAGGGACAGCUUCUCUAAGGUGCUCUGGCACGCCGUCGCCAACUACCGCACCUGGGUCUUCGUGUUUGUCUACGGCUACAGCAUGGGCGUGCAGCUCACCAGCAACAACAUCAUCGCCGAGUUCUUCUACGACCAGUUCGAGCUCGACAUCCGCGUGGCCGGCAUCAUCGCCGCCUGCUUCGGCAUGGCCAACCUCGUGUCGCGGCCCCUGGGCGGCGUGCUCUCCGACGUCGGCGCGCGGUACUGGGGCAUGCGCGCGCGCCUCUGGAACAUCUGGAUCCUCCAGACCGCCGGCGGCGCCUUCUGCCUCUGGCUCGGCCGCGCCAGCUCGCUCCCGGCCUCCGUCACCGCCAUGGUGCUCUUCUCGUUCUGCUCACAGGCCGCCUGCGGCGCCACGUUCGGCGUCAUCCCCUUUGUCUCCCGCCGCUCGCUGGGCGUCAUCUCGGGGCUCACGGGCGCCGGCGGUAACGUCGGCGCGGGGCUCACGCAGCUGCUCUUCUUCACCACGUCCAGCUACUCCACGGGGAAGGGGAUCCAGAACAUGGGCAUCAUGUCCAUGGCGUGCACGCUGCCGCUCGUCCUCGUGCACUUCCCGCAGUGGGGCUCCAUGCUCCUCCCGCCCAGCGCCGCCGCCGACGAGGAGAGCUACUAUGCCGCCGAGUGGAGCGAGGAGGAGAAGAGCGUAGGCCGUCACAGCGCCAGCCUCAAGUUCGCCGAGAACUGCCGGUCCGAGCGUGGCAGGCGCAACGCCGUCGCCUUCCUCUCCGCCGCGGACACGCCGGAGCACGUCUAA